UCGCCCUGACACCGCUUACCAGCAGAGCUGCGGAGGCACCUGUACAGGUACCACUUCCUGACUGACUCAGGUAUUCAGGUAUUCAGGGAUUAAGCAGCAUGGACAGCGGCGUCGGGUUUCAGAGGGUUUAAUCCAAAUGGUUUCGAGUCAAGCUUUGAAAAGCAUGGACAGUAAUCUACAGAGACCCGCCACUGGAGGAAAGAUGAAGUCUUUUACUUUACUGUUCCUGGUAACGUUAUCUCUCAGUGCAGAUGUGACUCAGGGUAUGAGGGUGAGCUCCAGCGGGCCUCAGACGUUACGUCUGGCUCAGGGCGAAAAGGCGACGGUGGACUGCAUCUACACUCCAGACCCUGAGGAUGUGGGAGAUCUGGAUAUCGAGUGGUCACUGGUCAGUCCGGACACCACAAAGAAAGACCAGCUGAUCAUUUCAUACUCAGGUGGAAGAAAGUAUAUCCACGUCACUCCAGCAGGAGGAGUGGAUUUUUCUGCCUCAGACCCGAGUCAGGGUGAUGCGUCACUCUCCAUCGGCUCAGUUCAGGCUGCCCACAGUGGAACGUACCAGUGCAAAGUGAAGAAAUCUCCCGGGGUGGACAUGCACAAAGUCUCACUGGUGGUGAUGGAGAGGCCGUCAGUGCCGAGGUGCUGGGUGGACGGGGACGAGGACGUGGGACAGCCCGUGUCCCUGCGCUGUGAGUCCGAUCAGGGGUCCGGACCCCUUCAGUAUCAGUGGAGGAGAGAGAGCGGGGGUCAAAUUCCUCCCUCCGUCCUGCAGAGUCCUGUUUCGGGGGAGCUGUUGAUCAGUAAUCACUCAGUAGAGCUGGCUGGUGUUUAUUCGUGUGAAGUAACCAAUGCUGUGGGGAAAGAGCGCUGUCGACUCAACCUGCAGGCUAUAAAACCACCUAACAGAGCUGGGGUGAUCACUGGAACAGUGUGUGGAUGCUUGCUGCUGAUCAUCAUCCUGGUUCUGGUUAUAUGGCUGCUGGUGUUUAAGUGGGAACGAAGGCGCUAUGAGAAAGAGCUCUCCAACGAUAUCAGGGAAGACUCUCCAGCGCCCGAGAGCCGCCCGGCCAGUCGUGGAUCUGGCCUACACUCCAGAGCAGCCUACAGUCAGAUGAGCCACGCCCACAAAGACCUGCAGUCCACGCCCAGCAGCACCAUCUACACCGCCCCCACGUACAACAAUACCUACGGAUAUAUCGUCUAACACACACUCAGGAACUACAAAAUAUGAAAUACUAAAUACAACGUUUAAUUUACCUACAGAUAAUUAUUAUUACACUCAUAUAUGUUGUUGAUGGUGUGCAAUUAUGGCGUUUUAACUGUUUUCUGUUAUAAUCCAAGCUAACAAACAUAUUAACUAAAUGUUACAAUUAAUAUUCUCAGAGAUUUCAAUCUUCUAAGGUUUCUGAAUGUUUUUUGAAUGUUUAAAUGUUUUAUUUAACAUUUAAAACAUUUUCAGGUAACACUGCUGCAACAACACUUCUAUCAUUCUUUAUUUUUAAGUUCCAAUGUUUCCAUAACGUUAGUCAAGUAUUUGUCUAGCUUGGAACGUUAAAAAAAAAUCCAAUCAUUUUAUAUUUAUUAUGUCACAUAUUGGGUCCUAUUUUAGUGAUCUAUAGGUGAGCCUUCAACCCUGUGCACCGUGCAGCUUGGUUUAAGGGGUGUGUCAAUGUGUCUUUGCUAUCGUAACGACGGGAAAAGUACACUUGCGCAGCUCAAACCUCGCAAAAGACAUGUACUACUUCUCUUAAUUAAUCAUGGGUGUGGUUAAUUUUGGGCUUAAUAUGAAAAAACAAUCAGAGUGUCACUCUUUUGCUCAUCAUUCCUUUUAAGAGCCAGGUGAGCUCUUACUUUGGCGGUGCAUCUACCUGGACGUGUCCAACGCUUCUUAGCAGAGAAAACUGAGCUGCUGGUUCACGCUGUGAGAGUGUGUAAGCAGGUACUUUAUGGGAACAGCAAUGUUAUUGCCAAGAUAGCGAAGAACAUCGAGCGGUUGACUGUUGUCAGGGUUGUAGUCAGUCAGUGGAGCACCUGUGUUUUCCACUGCCAAGAUAGCAAUACACCUGAAAUGUACCUGAACACACCUCAUUUCCAGAACAUCAGUGUAGAUUUAUUCAGAAACACUGUUGCUAUUUAAGCGACACAGACGGAAGGCAUGAAUAUGAACUGUUGGUGGGGUGUAAGAUAGCAAUAAGCAUUGCGACGCUUUAUGUUUUCAGAAUGUUCCUGGAAUAUUAUUUCUGUAAUAUUCCUGGAUUCUUUUCAAAUCAUUGCUAAAAGUUCUCAAAAAGUAGUUCUCUGUUAGCUGGGAAACUGAGUGUGAAGUUUUAAAUGUUUUAAAAGUUUUAUAGAUGUGAAAAGUACAUUUCAAGUGAAUUUGCCUGAAGGACUGAAGAAUUAUAAUCUUAGAUACUUAUCAUCAUUAUUUUUUAUUUCUUUAAUUUAAAUAGACCGCAUUUUCCUUUUGUGAUUUUGUACUAAUUUUGUACAGAGAGAUAAGAACAUUACACUGGAUUUAAGAGCGUAACAUCGCUCAAUUAUCAACAGAUAAGAUCCUAAUCAGGGAACACUGUCAAAACUUCAUUAACACGCCUGCCUGAACUGAUACUGUGAAUAGGACACGCCAGAAUUCCCAUUUUCCAGUCACUUCUGUGAUAACCUCACACAGAAAAGGAAUAUAUGUUAAAUUUAUUUAUAAAAUACAUUGGAAAAUGUAUGAAAAUGAACGAAACAAAUCAUGAAUAUACUGCAGUUUUUCUUUUAUUUAAUUAAAAGAAAAUAAAUAAUAUAUUUUAAAUAAAUCACACAUAUAAAAAAAUGAAUUCCCAUAUAUUUCUUUUCUGUUUAAAAUAUUUCCUUAAAUAUUUAUGAACACUCUGCAACCAAAACUCUGCGGUCUUAAGAGAAAAUGUCAAGGUUUUAGAAUGUUAUGUUGCUGUUUUUGGGAGGUACAUGAUUAGAUGUAAA